CUUAUUGGGUUACACUGAAACCGGAAGUUGCUGGUACGUUUUAUGCAGGAAUGUCCGAGCAGAACUAAAUGAAUGGAUGUUGUGAUGCGCCUGUACUCUCAUCUGUUCAACGUGACAUGCGGCUUUAAGUGCACCAGUCUGCCUCCCCGCGGGUUUUCUGCUGUUUCCUGCUGCUGGUGAGCGCAGACCAAUUACAGCUGGCGAGGGUGCCAUGGCAACCAGGAUGAAGCUCAAGCUGAAGACCGUGUUUGUGCUCUACUUCAUGGUCUCCCUGAUGGGCCUCGUCUAUGCCCUGAUGCAGCUCGGCCAGCGCUGUGACUGCACGGAGCUCGUCACAUCGAGAGAUCGGACUAUUUCCCGUCUGCGGGAGGAUCUCCACCAUCUUCAAGAUCAGAUCAAGAAGUUGCAGACGACUAAACAAACCCCCAAACAGCCGCAGAAGCCAUCCCUGCCCACCAUCUUUGUUAUUACUCCCACAUAUGCGAGGCUGGUGCAGAAGGCCGAGCUGACCCGUCUGUCCCAGACUUUCCUUCAUGUACCUCAGCUUCACUGGAUCGUGGUGGAGGACUCGCCACAAAAGACGCCGCUUGUAACUGACCUCCUGAUGAAGAGCGGCCUGACCUACACACACCUGCACAUGCUCACCGCAAAGGACCGCAAGCUAAAGGAGGGUGACCCCAGCUGGCUGAAGCCCCGCGGGGUGGAGCAGAGAAACGAGGGACUGCGGUGGCUCAGGCAGGACCGAGAGGCUCAGCUGGGAGGGGACAGCCAGCAGGGAGUGGUUUAUUUUGCUGACGAUGAUAACACGUACAGCCUGCAGCUCUUUGAAGAGAUGCGGAGCACCCAGCUGGUUUCGGUGUGGCCGGUGGGACUGGUCGGCGGGAUGAAAUAUGAGAGGCCCGUUGUUGAAGGAGGAAAGGUGGUUCGCUUUCACGUGGGCUGGCGGCCCAGUCGCCCCUUCCCCAUGGACAUGGCCGGCUUCGCCGUGUCCCUCAAACUGGUCCUGGCCAAUCCGGAGGCCUGCUUUGACGGAGAGGCUCCGAUGGGACUCCUGGAAAGCAGCUUCCUGAAGGGUCUGGUUACUAUGGAAGAGCUGGAGCCCAAAGCAGAUGACUGCACUAAAGUGCUGGUGUGGCACACACGGACAGAGAAACCGAAGAUGAAGCGAGAGGACGCGCUGCAGGCUCAGGGACUGGGUUCAGACCCCGCCGUGGAGGUCUAAGGAACACACAUGCGCACACAGUCUAAAGUAUCCUCUGCUGGUAAACGCUGAGUCAGUGUCUUUGCAUUGAAAACAAAACCAACCUGUAAAACCGAAAACACAGACACCAUAAAAGAGACAUUAAUAUAUCCAAAUUCAUUACGGCUGUCUGCUUUUAGGGCCAAUCAGGUACUAAACGUAAAUGGUUGUGUAGUGAGUGAUCGCGGGUCACAAGUUUUCAGUUUGCUUUUGAGGUUUUUGAUGUCGUACAAAUGAGAGAAUGAUGAAGAGGAAGUCUAGUGAGUCACCCGAAGGGGGCGCCAUCGUAAAACUCUGCAACUUUUAUCAAUCAGGGGUUUUUCCAGGUUUGUAUUCGAAGUUAAUCCUGCACCUUUACUUAUUUGUAGUAUUAUGAGAAUGCUGUACAACAUCCUUACUAAAAGUGUUUUUUUUGUUUGUUUUUUCUGUGGGUUUUUUUUGGCUCUCAGCUUGUCCCACAUGCUUUGAGCGAGUUCAACAUAUGUGAAAGCGCUCUCCUUGUUCAGGACACGUAUAUCUUUUGGUGUUUAUAUUUAACUUUUUGUGAUUUUUAUUAUUUUUUUACUGUUUUGCUCUUGUUGAAGUGAAUGGAGAAUCCUUCAAAAACUUCAACCUCUUUAAACCUCAUACUAGUCAUGUGAUGUGUGAUUCAUUUGACCUUUGACCUUUUUGAUGAGAACUCUUCGUGUCUGUGUUGGAAUGGUCUUCAGCUGUGUAGUGCCCAUAAGCCUGUAACUAUUCAUUUAGAUUAAUAAUUUAAAGGGAAUUUGAAGGGAAAUGCAAAAAAAACAGGCCAGUUUUGUACAAGCAUAAUGCAACAAAGCAACAAAAAUUAACAGCCCAAUUAAUGCAAAGUAGUGAGCAAAUUUAAGAAAUGCUGCCUUGCAGAGGUGUUGUAAGCACAACAGGUGAACCACAUUAACUAUAUAGUGCAACACAAGCAUAGGACGGAAUAGUUUGACGCCCAGUAGGGCUUCAUGUUAAAGCUCCGAGCUUAUGUGCUGGGUUUCAGUGUUUGCGCUAACAACAAAUAACCGUUGUCAUUUUUUCACGUUUAAUUUUUGAAUGGCUCCAUUCAAACACAGAAACUGGAACCCAUUUAGCAGAAUUAAAUAUGGUUCCAUCAGUAGUUUGGCUCAUACUUGUGCGUUUGUUAUCCAGUACAAAACAGAUAAUCCACUGUAAUGAAAAGAAAGAAAACACUUGUCAUUUGUCCUCAACAGGCCAGAAUGCCUCUCUACUUUGACGUAUACAGUGUUUUAUGUCUGCUGUUGAGGAAAAAGUAUCAAAUGUAAAUAAUUCUUCUGGAGCUGUGAUUCCACAACAUCCGCUGACGACUAAUAGUAACAAACAAGCUAAAUAUCUUCAACAAGCUGUUGUUUUAGGACUCUGGAUGAACAGUUAGGUUAGUGCCUGCUUUAGUGUGAUUAGUGCCUGGGAGGACAUUCUCUCCUGGUGUUUGUGUAUUUAUUGAUGUAAUAUUGAUCUCUACAUUGUACAGUGUGAUAUUUUGUGCCCAUGGCCUUGAAAAUGAAUCUCCAUUAUGUAAAACAGAAUUUCUCGUUGCCUCCUGUUAUUAAAAGGUGACUAAAUAUAGUACAAUGUCUUCCCACUUCCUUUUUGAUAGUCAAAAAGAAGGUAAAAUGUUUGGAAUGCACCUACUGUGCCAGCCGUUAAACCCAUGAGGGCACCAAACUGGUGAGUGGACACGG